AUAAUCUCUUUCUAUUCCCAAAAGUCGAGGAUCGAAUCCCCGACCAAUUAGUUAAGGGACAAAGUGAGCAACCAACCACUAUGCUAAAACCACUUGGUUAAUGAGUGAAACAUUGAACUACUCAUAAUGUUCAUCACUAGAUCUCAAAAUAUCCGAACCAUGUAUAUUCCUUAAAAACUACUAGUUUAUCACUGCAUUAUGCAUAUUACAUUGGUGAUUUUGUAUGAUAUAAAAGAGAGUCGAAGAUUUUAAGACACUGUGCUUCAUUUUUUUUUUCUAAUUGCACUGUCCUUAUAAUAUGCUACUAUUUCAAAUCACCGUGAUAAUUUAGUACAGACUCGUUUAUUCAUACCUUUUAAGAUAAUCACUCUAGAUUAUGCCAUUAUGUUACUUCAAUUACACUUGCUCAACUCCAUUUCCAAGUUCUACAAUGUUUUUUCAGGAUUCAUUUUUCGAUAAUUAGUUUCAAUUAUAAAGUUCUUGCUAUUGUAAAUGCAUUCCGACAAGUUGAAGAUUUUCAUAAAACUAAGUUUCACAAGUAACAAAAUUACUAUACUUCAAAAAGUUCCAAGAAAGAAGGCUACAAUUUUUUUUGCACCCAACUACAAUUCUUUGUUUCCAAAAUUCCAAUCAUAAUUACAUUCAAACUACUCCACCAACAUAGUUUUUGCACCCAAAAAAAUUACCAAAAUUGUUAACACGAUUUCAUACCUUCUUAUAUGAUUGAUUUACUUUUUCACGGUGUUUGCUAUUGAACAUGGACCUCGAUUUUAUUUUAUAAAACUAGUCUUAUAUUGCACACUAUGCGUAAUGAAAGUAUAUAAAUCUUUUAAAUAUAUAACAGAGGUGAUACUAUAGUUAUUUUUUUAAUUUUAAUUUUUUAAUUAAAACAAGUAAUUAACCUUCUGUUUUUUUCUUUUCUUUUUUUCCUUUUUUGGGUAUUGCCUUAUAAUAUAAUAAAUAUUUACUAAUUUACCCCUCUUAUGAACAACAAUACACCAGUAGUUUCCUUUUAGCAGUUAAUAGAAAAAAGCGGCACCCCAUCUCCGAGCUUAUUUGAAGAAGAUGAUUUAUGUUGAAGCAGGAAGUAGAGUAGAGAUGUUGGACAAAAGUAAAUUUGAUGUGAAGUAUGAUCUUUGGGCACUUAGAGUCCCUCGUGAAAUCUGCAAAUCUGCCACUCGAAUCCUUAAUGGGUACUUGCUAGAUAAGCCGCGUGUGAAGCCUGUAGUUGAAGAUCCAACAGCCGAAAAAAAUCGUUACAUGAUAUUAUCUGAGAGGAUAAAAAAUCAAGAUUUGUCUGAUAUCCCUGAGCAAAAGCUUGAUGAGUUUCGGAAGCUGUGUGAAAUUGAAGUAGUUCCUUACUCAUUGAUCCUUGGCUAUUCCUACUGGGGUGCAGACCAUAUUUUGAAGCAGAUUCUGCCUGAAGGAGUUGAGGUGCCAUCAUCGUUUGAGACAAUAGGUCAUAUUGUACAUUUAAAUAUCACCGAUGAACUAAUUCCAUACAAGGAUGUUAUUGCAGAGGUCUUUUAUGAUAAAAAUUACCCUAGAAUCAGAACUGUGGUUAAUAAAGUUGGCACAAUAUCAAAUGAGUUUCGAGUUCCGACAUUUGAACUCCUUGCGGGUGAGAAUGAUAUGGUAACAGAGGUGAGGCAAUAUGGAGCGAGAUUCAAGCUUGAUUACAGCUUGGUAUAUUGGAACUCAAGAUUAGAACAUGAGCAUAUGAGACUAAUUUCUUUGUUUCAAGCUGGAGAGACCAUUUGUGAUAUGUUUUCUGGUAUUGGUCCAUUUGCUAUCCCAGCAGCACAGAAGGGAUGCUUAAUUUAUGCCAAUGAUCUGAAUCCAGAUAGUAUCCGUUUCUUGAAGAUCAAUGCAGAAAUCAACAAGGUCCAUGCUUCUAUCUUGGCUUACAAUAUGGAUGCAAGAAAAUUCAUAUCUCAGCUGUUGACUGUUCCUGUGAAUGAUAUUAACCCCGACUCUUGUAAAUCUCUUCCAAAUGCUUCUGAUGAAUGCAGCUCUAAGACCAACAGCGAAGUAGACUGUAGUGAUACUGAAGCAGGUGGUAGCACAAAGAUGGGUCCAUCUAUCUGUGCUGCCAAAAGGCCCGCAGAACGUUGUGAAGAAGCUACACUUAAUGGAACUACAGCAUCGGGUGUUUCUGGCAGCAGAAAACGUGGCACUAAUAAGAGGAUUAAGGGUUUUGAGCCUUCUGUUGUGAAGCCAUGGAAGCAUGUUGAUCACGUGAUUAUGAACUUACCUGCAUCUGCAUUGGAGUUUCUAGAUGCGUUCAAUGGUCUGAUCCGCUGUAAAUUUUGGGAGGGACUUCUGCCUUGGAUUCAUUGUUACUGCUUCAUCCGGGCAAGUGAAACUGAGGAAUUCAUUAUAUCAGAGGCUGAAUCUAGGUUGAAUGCAAAGAUACAUGAGCCAGUCUUCCAUAGGGUUAGAGAUGUUGCACCAAACAAGGCAAUGUUUUGCUUAAGCUUCAGACUCCCGGAGGAAGCAUGCAUUCAUGAAGAAGCUGCUAUAUCCUGAAUCAUCUUCAAUAUUGUCUAAUGUUUACGAGUUUUUGGAUAUCUAUGGUAGCCGAGAUUGAGUUCGAGAUCGAGCCAAGAGACAGUUUCGAAGUAAAGAGAAAUAGUUACCCAGAUUUAGGCCUGUGAUUGAGUCUAUGUAGUGAAAUUUGCCCUUUUUUUUGAGAGAAUGCUUCAUUUUAUUUCAUUUUCCAAACUACCAAAAUAGUGCCUUUUGGAAUUCUGGUUGUGAUACUGACAGUUCAUUAGUAUUUUUCAGUUUAGAUUUUGCUUGAUGUUAUGAAAAUUUUUGGCACUUUUGAGUAGGGAGGGAAUUUUAUAUAGCAAAUUAUUUUUGGAGAA